GUGACUCGGCGGCAGCGACGGCCGGGCCUGCGGUUUGGGCGCUCCUGAGUCUCCCGGAUAACUGCCAUGUCUGAGAAUCCUGCACCCUCCCCAGAACAGAACAACCACAGCUAUGAGCACAAAACCUCCAGCCUCCGCAAGUCAGAGAAGAAAUGUUCGUGGGCCUCCUAUAUGACCAACUCCCCGACUCUCAUUGUCAUGAUUGGUUUGCCAGCCCGCGGCAAAACCUACGUGUCCAAGAAACUCACACGCUAUCUCAACUGGAUUGGGGUACCCACCAAAGUGUUUAAUCUAGGGGUGUAUCGGCGUGAAGCAGUCAAGUCCUACAAGUCUUACGACUUUUUCCGGCAUGACAACGAGGAGGCCAUGAAGAUUCGCAGGCAGUGUGCCCUGGUGGCCCUGGAAGACGUGAAGGCCUACCUUACUGAGGACUGCGGGCAGAUUGCGGUAUUUGAUGCCACCAACACCACCCGGGAGCGCAGGGACAUGAUUUUGAACUUUGCCAAGGAGAAUUCCUUCAAGGUCUUCUUUGUGGAAUCCGUAUGUGAUGAUCCUGAUGUCAUAGCAGCCAACAUCCUGGAGGUGAAGGUGUCGAGCCCUGACUAUCCUGAAAGGAACCGUGAAAAUGUGAUGGAAGAUUUCCUGAAGAGGAUUGAGUGCUACCAGGUCACCUACCGGCCCCUGGACCCCGACAGCUAUGACAAGGACCUUUCCUUCAUCAAGGUGAUCAACGUGGGCCAGCGCUUUCUGGUGAACCGGGUGCAAGACUAUAUCCAAAGCAAGAUCGUGUAUUAUCUCAUGAACAUCCAUGUGCAACCACGCACCAUAUACCUGUGUCGCCAUGGGGAGAGCGAGUUUAAUCUCCUAGGGAAGAUUGGCGGCGACUCUGGUCUCUCAGUGCGGGGGAAGCAGUUUUCCCAGGCUCUGAGGCAGUUUCUGGAAGAGCAGGAAAUAGCAGACUUGAAGGUGUGGACCAGCCAGCUGAAGAGGACCAUCCAGACUGCAGAGUCCCUGGGGGUGACCUAUGAGCAGUGGAAGAUUCUGAAUGAGAUUGAUGCCGGCAUGUGUGAGGAGAUGACUUAUGCAGAGAUCGAGAAGCAGCACCCAGAGGAAUUUGCCCUGCGGGAUCAAGAGAAGUACCUUUACCGCUACCCUGGUGGGGAGUCAUACCAGGACCUGGUACAGCGGCUGGAACCGGUCAUCAUGGAGCUGGAGCGGCAGGGCAAUGUGCUCGUCAUCUGCCACCAGGCUGUCAUGCGCUGCCUCCUGGCCUACUUCCUGGAUAAGGGUGCAGGAGAGUUGCCGUACUUGAGGUGCCCUCUGCAUACCAUCUUCAAACUCACCCCUGUGGCCUACGGCUGCAAAGUUGAAACAAUCAAACUUAAUGUGGAGGCUGUGAAUACUCACCGUGACAAGCCAACUGCAGAUGCUGCGCGGGCUGUACACCGACAUUCCAUGGUAUCCCUCCCAUUACUCCCCUGAUGCUGUGGACCUCCAGGGGUGAGAUCUAUGGAAAAGCCUGGACUGUUGGCUCAAGGCAGGAGCAUUGUGGGCAUUGGACACCUGGGGGCGCAAAAGAGCAUGACCACAUCCCCUUCCCCUCCAAGGGACUUGACUGCUGUGCCUUGAGACGCUUAGCCCUGCAGAGAGCUUUCUUUACUUUGCUGUGGGUCAAGCUUGUUCUGAUGUUUCUUAUCUACCUGGGACAGUUCCCCAGUUGGCUGUUCUGCGCUUUGAGUGCAAAUGCUCCUCGGGAUGUUUCCGAGUGAGGACAGCGAGUCGGCUGGACAGAAAGUGCAUGUGCUGGCCAGCUGCUUGGUUAACCCAGUGGAAGUGAGAAAAAUUCACCAGGUCGGUCAACAGUGGGUCCCUGAGAAAUUCAGCCCUCAGACAUCUUGUCUCUUCGGUGCUCUGGUGAAGUCUAUGUCUGUAGCAACUUUUCAUUCAGAGUUUUUUUUUGUUUCAGGCCCCUUGAGGCCAGGACCUGAAUGUGGAUUCCCUAUGGUGACUCUCCCAGAUUCAUUCUCAUGG